AGUGCGCAGACUCGUCACACUUCGCUGUCAGCUCAAGGCAUACUGACAGUAUGGCGGCAGGAUACAGCAGGAAGGAUGCUUCUGUCGCCCGAGAUGUGUCUUUCGCCAACAGAAUGUGAAUGGAAUAUCGACGGUAAAGGGAAAGGAUACCGCAAUAAAGGCCUGUCUCCGUGAACUCCGAGAUGGCCAGGCUCGCCGACUACUUCGUGGUGGUCGGUUACGACCUCGAUAAGAGAGGGGGCAGUGAGGGCCAAGGUCACAUUCUCCAGCGCUUUCCUGAAAAAGACUGGGAGGACAAUCCCUUUCCACAAGGCAUCGAACUGUUCUGUCAGCCCAACGGAUGGCAGUUAGUUCCAGAGAGGGAGCGUCCUUCGUUCUUCGUGUCGGUUCUGACCGACAUCAACUCAGAGCGUCACUACUGUGCCUGUUUCACGUUCUGGGAGGGCCUGGACAACCCUCAGCUACAGAAAGCUGAGGCCAGUGAGGUGGAUGAGGACGAAGUCCCAGGGCUGGUCCAGCCGGCCCAAGUCUUUGCCCCCAAGAGCCUGGUGCUGGUGUCCCGUUUGGACCACACAGAGGUCUUCAGGAACUGUUUGGGGCUCAUCUACACAGUGCACGUGGACAGCCUCAGCGUUCCCUUGGAAACAGUGAUCGGAAACCUCCUCACCUGCGUCAUCCCCGUCGCUGGUGGUUCUCAGAUAAAUGAGUCCCCAGUAUGUAGUUUAAAUCUUUCGGUUCCUCAGGCCCUAGCCUGUGACUGGCUACUGGGCUGCUUUCAGGACCAGCCAGGCCAGGAGGAGGGAGAGGAGAGCUUGAGGACUAUAACAUUGGGUGCGGGCGAUCGACAGGUCAUCCAGACUCCCAUCAACGACUCCCUCCCUGUCAGCGGCAGCAGCGUAGCCCAUCUCUUUAGACAGCUUGGUAUAGUGAACGUCCUGUAUCUGUUCUGUGCUGCUCUGACGGAACACAAAAUCCUGUUCCUGUCCAGCAGCUACCAGAGACUAACAGAUGCCUGCAGAGCGCUACUGGCCAUCAUGUUCCCCCUCAAAUACAGUUUUACGUACGUCCCCAUCCUGCCGGGAAAACUCCUGGAGGUGCUGAGCACGCCCACGCCUUUCAUCAUCGGGGUCAAUUCUUUCUUCCGUUCCGAGACCCAGGAACUGGUGGGUAGCAUGACCUUGGACGUGAUCAUCGCUGACCUGGACGGAGGCACGGUGACCAUCCCGGAGUGUGUCCACAUCUCCCUGCUCCCCGACCCCCUCCUGCAGCAGACCCAGACCGCCCUCUCCAUGGUGUUGGACCCAGAGCUGGAGAUAGCUGACCAUGCCUUCCCCCCUUCCUCCACACAACCCUCCACACUCAAGAUCCAGGAUAAGGAGAUCCGGGGGGUGUUUCUGUGGCUGUUCGGCCAGCUGUUCCAUGGCUAUCGCUGGUGUUUACACAUCAUCCGGAUCCAUCCUGAACCAGUCAUCCGCUUCCAUAAGGCUGCGUUCCUGGGCCAGAGGGCUCUGACUGAGGAUGACUUCCUGAUGAAGGUUUUGGACGGUAUGGCGUUCGCUGGGUUCAUAUCGGAGAGAGGUCCGCCUUACAGACCCACAGACCUGUUCGAUGACCUGAUAGCCAAUCAGGUGGAGCGUAUUCGCCAGGAGGAGUGCAGUCCUCACAAAGUCAUGAACCAUAUCAAGGAGCUAGCCGAGCAGCUCUUCAAAAACGAGAACCCAUACCCUGCAGUGGCCAUGCAUAAGGUGCAGCGGCCAGCUGAGAGUCCUGGUCACAAUGACCCCAAGAACUUGGCCAUCUUCCCUCCGCUGGACGACGUCACGGUCCAGCUCUUCAUCGACCACGCCGCCGCCAAGCUCAAGACCGCCCCGCCCGUGGUCAAGGCCGAGCUCAAUGGCAUGGUGCCCUCCGGACCCCCACUGGAAGACAUUGUGGACAGGCAUGGUCAUGUCCUGGCUAACAGCGCUCGCAGGCUGGAGGUGGUCAGGAACUGCAUUACCUACAUAUUUGACAACAAGAUGCUGGAGGCCAAGAAGCUGAUGCCAGCGGUACUACGGGCGCUGAAGGGCCGGGCGGCCAGGGUGUGUCUGACCCAGGAGCUCAACCAGCACGUCCUGCAGAACCGAGCUGUGCUGGACGACCAGCAGUUUGACUACAUCGUCCGCAUGAUGAACUGCACCUUACAGGACUGCUCCCACAUGGAUGAACACGGUAUUGCAGCCAUCCUCCUUCCCCUGGUCACGGCCUUCUGCAGAAAAUUAGGCGCGGGCAUCACCCAGUUUGCCUACAGCUGUGUGCAGGAGCACAUGGUGUGGACGAACAUGCAGUUCUGGGAGGCCAUGUUCUACAGUGAUGUCCAGAACCACAUCAGAGCCCUGUAUCUGGAGGCAGACGGGGGGGAGCUGUCCACCUCUUCUCACGGUCAGCAGGAGUCUGGUCCAGCAGCAGGAGGUCAGGAGCUGCUGGGUGCUCUGGAGCUGGCGUCAGAGCAGAGCAGGCUGUGGCCCACGCUCAGCAAGGAGCAGCAGAGUGAGCGCGUGCAGAAGGAGGAGAGCACGGUGUUCAGCCAGGCCAUCCACUACGCCAACCGCAUGUCCUACCUGCUGCUGCCCCUGGACACCAGCAAGAACCGCCUGCUCAACAGGUCCGGGAUAGGGGACGUGGAGAGUGUUAGCAACAGCUACGUCACCAACAGGUACACCAACAGCAUUGCUGGCAGCAUGGCAGAGAGCUACGACACAGAGAGCGGCUUUGAGGACGCUGAGAGCUCUGAUGUGGCCAACUCUGUGGUGCGAUUUAUCAACCGCUUCGUAGACAAAGUGUGUAACGAAAGUGGGGUGACCAACGAGCACCUCAAGGCACUACACACCAUGAUACCAGACAUCGUUCAGAUGCACAUCGAGACGCUGGAUGCAGUCCACAGGGAGAGUAAGCGACUGCCACCGAUCCAAAAGCCCAAGCUUCUGAGGCCCAUUCUUCUGGCGGGAGAGGAGCUGGUGAUGGACGGCAUGCGGGUGCACUUGAUCUCAGAUGGCCGGGAGGAGGCCACAGGGGCCUUGGGGGGUCCACCCCUCCUCCCUGCCGAGGGGGCCAUCUUCCUCACCACCUACCGCCUCAUCUUCAAGGGCACGCCCAACGACCCGCUGGUGGGUGAGCAGGUGGUGACGCGGUCGUUCCCCAUCGCCUCCCUGACAAAGGAGAAGAGGAUCUCUGUCAGUCUGUCCAUGGACCAGUUCAUACAGGAGGGUCUGCAGCUACGCUCCUGCACUUUCCAGCUGCUGAAGAUAGCUUUUGAUGAGGAGGUGGCGUCGGACCUGGCCGAGGUGUUCCGGAAGCACAUGCACAAGCUCCGCUACCCACAGCACGUCCAGGGAACCUUCGCCUUCACCGUGGGCCAGAGUGGCAAGACGUUGGUCGAACACAAGACCAAGGACAAGAACCAGUCAAUAAAAACACUUUCCAAAAACCUGGUGAAGAGUGCCAAGAGGACGAUCGGUCGACAGUAUGUGACCCGGAAGAAGUACUCACCUCCCACCUGGGAGAACAGGAGCAGCCUGCAGUCAGAGCUGGAUGAGGAUGAGAUCUCCGUCUCAGAGGAGUUGGACCAGGGCUCCCUCACCCUGUCUUCCACCAUCCGCUCCUCGGACAGACAGACCAUGAGCAACGUGGUGGAGCGUGCCUGUUGCCGUGACUAUCAGCGGCUAGGACUGGGCACGCUCAGUAACAGCCUGACGCGCUCCAAGAACGAGCCCUUCCGCAUCUCCACCGUCAACCGCAUGUACACCGUCUGCAGGAGUUACCCCGGCCUGUUGAUCGUGCCCCAGAGCAUCCCGGACUCCACCAUCCAGCGCAUCUCCCGCUGUUACAGACAGAACCGUUUCCCUGUGGUGUGCUGGAGGAACUCUCGUACCAAGGCUGUGCUGCUGCGCUCUGCAGGCCUCCAUGCUAAGGGAGUGGUGGGCUUCUUCAAGUCCCCCAAUGCCCCCAGCGCCGGUACGACACACACUAAAAGCCCCUCCCAGGCCGACUCGACCAGCCUGGAGCAGGAGAAGUACAUGCAGGCGAUCAUCAGCUCCAUGCCCUCCUACUGUGAGCCCAGUGGCAGGAACACACUCGGUGGCUUCACCUCCACUCACAUGAGCACCUCAGACUCGUCAGAUAAGCUGAGGCAGCCUAAGAUUGGAGCUCUGAUGAAACAGGUGAUGGGAGGCAAGGAGCACAUACCUGGAACCUUCAGCCGCGGAGCUCUGGGUCAAAGGGCGAGGGUCAUCUCCCUCUCUCAGCCCAGAGUUUCAGGCAAGGCCAGAAACCCCCCUGGAGGGAAGUGGGGCAGUAUCCGGGGCAGUGGGCGUCUGAGUGCCUACAACCCAGAAGUGGGGAACAGGCUGUCCAGUAAGGAGUCUCCCCAGCCCAACGGGGGCCCCAGCGAGGCCCUGUUCCUCACACAGCAGAGGGCCUACCUCUACAUCAUCGGAGACAAGACACAGCUCAAAGGUGGGAAGCAGGACUCGUUCCAGCAGUGGGAGGUGGUGCCCAUCGAGGUGUGCGAUGUGCGUCAGGUGAAGAACAGCUUUAAGAAGCUGAUGAAGGCCUGUGUUCCCAGCUCAGCCACCUCUGAACCCAGCAUGACCUUCCACCGCUGCCUGGAAGAGUCCGAAUGGAUGUGCCUGCUCCACAGAGUUCUGCAGGUGUCUGUCCUGGUGGUAGAGUUGUUAGACACGGGCUCGUCAGUCAUGGUCAGUCUGGAGGACGGCUGGGACGUCACUACUCAGGUGGUGUCUCUGGUCCAGAUUCUGUCAGACCCGUACUACCGGACCUUCGAUGGCUUCCGUCUGCUGGUGGAGAAGGAGUGGCUGUCGUUUGGCCACAGGUUCAGUCAUCGCGGCGCCCAGACCCUGGCCAGCCAGAGCAGCGGCUUCACACCUGUGUUCCUGCAGUUUCUCGACUGUGUGCACCAGAUUCACCUGCAGUUCCCCAUGGAGUUUGAGUUCAGUCAGUACUACCUGAAGUUCCUGGCCUACCACUACGUGUCCAACCGCUUCAGAACCUUCCUGCUCGACUCGGACUACGAACGCAUCGAGCUUGGGGUUUUGUACGAGGAGAAGGGGGAGAGGAAGAACUCGCAGGUGUGUAAAUCGGUGUGGGAUUACAUCGACCGGCUCAACAAGAAAACACCCAUCUUCUUCAACUACAUGUUCUCACCAGAGGAUGAGGAGGUGCUGCGGCCAUACAGCUUCAUCUCCAACCUGAAGGUGUGGGACUUCUACACAGAGGAGACGCUGUCUGAGGGCCCGUCGUAUGACUGGGAGCUGGUACAGAGGGGCCGGCAGGAGAGGCUGGCUGAGGAGGUGCCUGACAAACCAGACACCACCACCCGCAAAUCCCAGCGACACAUCGUCUGGCCCUGCUACGACAGCCGCAGCAGAGUGGUACCCGACGCCAUCACCAAACUGCUGCAGGACCUGCAGAGUCUGGAGGCUGAGUUGGGGCUGCCACCAGAGAAAUGGAAGGACACCUGGGACAAGAUCAAGGCCAACCAACGGGCCGAGGCCAAGCUGGAGAACAGGCCGUCGUUCAACAGCUCCUUGCUGAUGUCGUCCAACCUGAGUCACCAGCGGCGGUCUCAGGGGGUGUACCUUCCGGAGAGUGGAGUGGGCUCCUCCAUUAACCUGGCCAUGGACCGUGAGACUAGCACCACCUCCACCCCUGUGGCCGGGCGCCCCAGCACCAGCACCCUAUACAGCCAGUUCCAGAGCACGGAGAGUGAGAACAGGAGUUUUGAGGGCAUCCUGUAUAAGAAAGGCGCGUUGCUGAAGCCAUGGAAACCCCGCUGGUUUGUGCUGGACAAGACCAAACAUCAGCUGAGAUACUAUGAGACCAGGCAGGACAGGGAGUGUAAGGGGGUGAUUGAGCUGGCGGAGGUGGAGUCUGUCAUUCCAGGCACGCCCACCAUGGGAGCGCCCAAACACAUAGAGGAGAAAGCCUUCUUCGAUCUCAAGACGACCAAAAGAGUGUAUAACUUCUGUGGGCUGGACAGCCCCAACGCACAGCUGUGGAUGGACAGUAUUCAGAGCUGCCUCUCUGAUGCCUAGAGAGCUGCACGGCUCCGCCAUAACAGGAACCAAUGAGCAGUGCUGAGGCACCCGAUGGACAUCUCUGCUGGCCAAUCACAGGAGUUCCUUUCCAGAAGGAGGAAUUGAGACAGAUGGGGGGGAGGGGGUCCUUUCCACAGUUGAGCGACGUUCAGUGUCGAACUGAUGAUGUCACGUUUCAGUGUUGUUAUAAAAAUUAAGUCAAGUCCCUAAAUGACCACUCGCUUUUGUCUCACCGUGUUGCUGGCUGCAGCCUGUCACCUUGGUAGUACAACCACUAUUUGCGCUGGAUGUCUAUGCAAAAUGGAGCUAAAAGAAACAAAGCAUGAUGUAGUUUGUUGUGUGAGCUUGAAGAUGGACAGUUUCUCACCAGACUAAUCUAACUGGUGCCUCCAGCAUGCAGAUGUAGCCAGACCCACCCAUCCCUCCACACAACUUAACACUCCAGGGAGGAAGUAAUGAUGAACUACAUUAUCCAGCCAUGCAGAGGACCCUGCCUGUAGUCAAUGAAAACUGGAAGUGAGUGUUUCCUUUAACAGAACACUGAAUCGGCCCCAACUAACACAGGACAGUCGUCAUGGUCACUGCCUGAUGUAACUGAGUCUUACCCGUGAGGAGUUGGACACUCACAGAUCCCCUCUAAGAUGUCUCUUAUUCCCUAGACACACCACCAAGGGAGCCCUCUCAACGGUUUAUGAAGGAUUUCUAUUUUUUACAGCUUAUCUGUUUAAUUUUUGGGUCACUCAAAAUUGUGUCAGAGACAUAUCAGUCCUCCUAGUUAUCAUCCCCAGAGCAGUUGAUGGUGAUAUGUUAUUAGCCCUCGUGAUCAAACCAGGAGAAUGGCAGUGGGAGAUUCUAAAUCCGCCGGUUAGGGAGUCUGUCUGCAGAACAAUAUUAGUGUUUACACAAGAAGCUAAAGUUCCUCUAUAUUUAUCAAAAACGAAUAACCACUAUUACAGUUCAGAAUGUUAAGGGAUAUGUUUUUGUGAAUAUUAAUUUAUGCACAAAGGUGAUGGGAGGGGAUUAUGGGAUGGAUGACUAGUCUGUUUACAUGGCACAGUGCUGAGACUGGAUCUGACUAACAUGACAGACUUCCUGGAUACGACCCCCCUCCCCCUCUGUUUCUAUGGUCAGGUUUAAUGUUUGACAAAUGGUAUUUCAGUUAUGCCAGUGGAUUUUAACAUGUGACAAGUAUUAGACAGUUGGAUUGGAAUAUGCUCUUAACAACAAUUUUUUUUCAUCUAAUACAGUUCUUAACCAGAGGGGGACGUUAGUGGUCAAGGCACUUAUAAUUAUACAUUCAAAUUUCCAACAAUUACAGCCAAUUAAUAGCAUUGAAAGUCUCAAAAGCAUGUGUCUGAGCAUAAGAUAUCACUCUCUGUGCUAUGUUUACUUACUCAGCCUUUGUUUGGUGGUCUGUGAGUCACAGCUUGGCUUCUGAACAACUGCAUCUAUGUGAACAGUAAUACUUCAGCGAGUCCCAACUUUCUCGCCGCUGCUCUUCUGUCUAAACCAGUGUUUUUAGCUAGAGGCUGGUACAUUCUAUUCUUAAGCCUGUACAUAGGAGUCAAUGUCUGUUAGAGCCUUGUAGAGAGAAUGUUUAGCUGGAAUUUGUGAGAUUGCAAUUAAGUCACUUGUUAGUUUUUUUACGCUACAGAGCAGUAUCGGUUAGCCCUCAUUUUGAGCCCCCAAGUUACGAAAACGGACACAUACUCCUCGUUUAACACACACAUUGCUGUGUAAAAUAUGGUUAUACUGCUGUCUUGAACAUAAAAUUUGAAUUGUAGAUUUGUGUCUAACUCCUUUUGUAUAUACUACUCAGAUUUGUAUGUAACGUUUAUGGUAGUAAUUUAUUUAACUUUGUCUCCUCGGUAAGAAAAGUUCCUCAAUUACCACUUUUUAAAAUUAGGAAUCCAAUGUGCCAUUUGUUUUUCUGUGUUAACGUGACUAAUGCUACUACUUUUUGGAAAAUGUGUUGUAUAAGUAAAUCCUCAAUGUCUGAUUUUUUUUUUUUUUUUUACAUUGUUGUCUUUCCCCAAUAUCAAUCCCUAAGCAGAGUGGAAAUGGUGUGUUUGUAUGAGCAAGAACUAGCCUCCCUAGUUAAGGUGGGUUUUCUGGAAUGGAGUUAUGGGAUCUCAUUAAGUUGCUUAGCUGCACAGGUGGGGUGUUUUUAAAAUGUCACACCCACCCACCCCAAAAACCCAGCUCACCCCAUUUACUGCAGUCUACUCAUCUCUCCUGAUUUGGGUAGAUUAUAUCCACAACAUUAAUCAGUACAAUAUAACCUUAUUUAUUUUGUUUUUUUCUCUAAUUAGAAAUUUCCUGCAGAGCUGGGUUUGUCAAUCAUGUAAUAUAUUUUUUAGAAUUAAAACAAAAACACUGUGGGUUUAAAAGUCA